AUGUUUGAACAAAAAAAUGUAAAUAUGCGUGCUCUCAUCGAAGCCCUGCAAGCUCCGAAAGCUAACAAUCACGUAGAUUUGCCCGAGUUCAACCCUGACAAGGCGGAUACGGACCCGAGACCGAGGUGCGCGACAACAGAUUUGUGUUUUGCCGAAAAUCUACUGCACGGCGUUCAACUUGUUUUGGCGGUUAGUAAGGCGUUGAAAGGCACAGCAUCGACUUGGCUAUCACAGACAGCAUACCAAGGAAUGUCAUGGAGUGAGUUUAAGAUACUGUUUACGACGAGAUUUAUUUCUACUGAAACAUUAGCGGCUACCCUCAUUAGCCUCAGUAGUGAUAAACCGAGUGAAAAAGAAACGCUAGUUGCUUACGCGAGCCGUUUGAUGACGUCACUCACUAACCGUUGGAAGGACGCAAAUAAAGAACAAAUUGUAGUAGCAACCGUUCUUGCCCACAUAUCUCAGUUUGAUUCGAGACUACAGCGCCUGGCGUUUACAACCGAUAUUACAUCGAGGGAUAGGUUGCAGCAAGAACUUCAUGUGUUUCCACACUUGAAACGUAAGAUUAACACUCAGGGUGAAUUUUCAAAUGCACCUGACGGUCAUAGGCGAUCAGAAUGUAAAAGCAAACCCAUGGAUAGCAGAAGGCGGCCUACAACAUCUUUAUCAUUGAACCAAACGGUCCAGCAACCCCCAGUGAAGCCUUUGGUCUGCUUAAAAUGCGGAAAACCCGGACACAUCGUGAUCCGGUGUACAAACGGAGGCAGCCUAGUGGAGAGCUGCGCGUAG